AAAAAUCCUAGAACCCUUCUCUCUAAUUCUAAACCCCUGCAAUGACACGCUUGUUCCGUUCUCUCAGAAAAACCCUAACCCUAACCCUAACAAACCAAAUUCCCAUUCAACAACAAUCACUAUGCAUUUCUUCUCCUUCUUCUCACAUCAUCCCCAGUAGAACUUACAUCUCCCAAAUGCACAAAGAAGCUUUCGAAGGUAACAUUUCCAGACUUCUUCGUAAUGAAAUUCAGUACGAGCUUCAAUCCUCUUCUUCUUCAAAUCCUCCUGCUGACAAGUUCGGUUCAUUUUUGGUGGAUGGCCGACCCGGUGAGCGAUGGAUUACAUUGAAAAGACAAUUUGCAAAUGAAAACAUUAAAGUUGAAGUCACCAUGUUUGAUGGAGCUGUUCCUGCUCCGAAAAAAAGCGGUGGUGUGGCUAAUGCAGAUGAAGUGCAGCUACACAUUACCUUAAUUGUCAAUAUCUCCAAGGAAGAUGGUGAUGUGCUGGAAAUCAUGUGCUCUGCUUGGCCAGACAGUAUAGUGAUAAAAAGGCUGCUCGUUCGCGCAAACAAAAAUAUGACAGCUGAGCCCUAUGCUGGUCCUGACUUUGAGGAAUUGGAUGAUGAGUUGCAGGAUAGCCUUUACAAUUUCUUGGAAGUAAGGGGUAUAAAUGAUGAACUUGCCAAAUACUUGCAUCAGUACAUGAAACACAAGGAUAAAACAGAGAUCAUAGGAUGGAUGGAGAAGGUUAAAUCUUAUAUCGAGAAGAAGUAAGUGCAUUGGAAUUUAAAUGUUCUAGAUGAUAUAAACCAUGAGAUCAUAUCUCUUUUGUGACUGAAGUCUAUUUCAAAGAAGGUAAACACUUACUUUUUGUUCACCACUGCUUUAGAAGUAGAAAUUGUAUAAGGUAAGUAGGAAGUGACCAUAUUGUAUUUAUGGUUUUUGCUGCGGAACCCCCUUUCCCAAAGAGAAACGCAUGAAAAACAUGUCGGACACUAUCUUUUAUGGAAGGUUUAUUCUCGGUGAAAAAUUAAACGCGUUUUACUUUUGUUCAUGUUUAUAAUUAUAAUAUUUCAAUCUAUGAACAUCAACUGGCAUGGUUCUAGUAGCCAGCAGCUGAAUAAGAGCUGUAAUUAUUUAAAGCUUGUUUCAAAAUAAUGGCUUAGAAAAUUCUAUUUAUACUUGCUGGUGUUCAAGUUAUCUGUAUUCAAGCUGUAUUCACCUUGAUUUAAUUGACAAAACAGAAAAUCAUGCUGUGACUCUGUUA